GCUUAUUUUUAUAGUGUGAUUUUUCUUCGAUUCAAGAAAUAAUAUGGACACGGAAGAAUGGAGUUCGAAAAGAUUUUUAAUGUUAUCCCGAUUUUGGGUGCAACAAGUUUUAGUUCCUAUGGUCGUUGUAAUAGGUGUUAUUGGUAAUUUAAUAACAGUAAUUAUAUUAACAAGAAAACGUAUGAAAUGUUCAACAAAUGUAUACCUAACAGCAUUAGCGAUAGCUGAUUUAAUUUAUUUGUUAUUUGUAUUUAUAUUAUCAUUUGAACAUUAUCGUGGUUCACAUUCAUCAAAAUUUUUACUCUAUUGGAGAUUUUAUGGUUUAACACAUUGGAUUGUGGAUGCAGCGAGUUACAUAUCAAUAUGGCUAACAGUAAGUUUUACAGUUGAACGGUAUAUAGCUGUUUGCCAUCCAAUUCGUGGUAAAAUGUUUUGUACAGAAAAUCGUGCAAAACGUGUAAUAAUUGGUGUAUGUAUAUUUUGUAUAUUAUCUACAAUAACAACAUCAUUUGAAUACGAAAUUAGUACAAGAGAUCCUCCAGGUUAGCAAAGAAAUUCAUCUACAAAUUUGGGUAAAAAUGAAUUAUAUAAAACCAUCUUCUAUUGGUUCACAUGUAUUACAUUUGUAUUUGUACCAUUAAUAUUGCUGGCAACAUUUAAUUGUUUCUUAAUAAAUGCUGUACAUCGCUCACAAAUUACAAGAAAUCAGAUGACUAAUUCACAGGAACGAUCUUCAGCAACACAAGAGAAUCGAAUAACAAUUACAUUGAUAGCAGUUGUUAUACUAUUUUUAGUUUGCCAAAGUCCAACAGCAGCUAUUCUAGUCUAUACGACUGUACAUCAACCACAACCAGAUUCGACUGAAGAUAAUAUUAUUCGAGGUUUGGGAAACGUAUUUAAUUUUAUGGUAAAUUUGAAUGCUGCAUGUAAUUUUUUAUUAUAUUGUGCAUUGUCGGAUAAAUACAGACGUACGUUCAAAGCGGUGUUUAUGGGUGAACGAUGGGGUUCAUCCCGGCACGACACUUUGUACAAUUCCUCAUUGACAAUGUCUCGUAGGUUUCCUUCUGCAACGUCGGCGAUCCACCAUCAUACGUCCGGGCCGCAUUAUCAUCUCGCAAACGGUACAACCGGGCUUAAGAGAAACAUAUCAGCUUAUGCGCAGCGUAACAUUGAAGCUGAGCGACUCAAGCGUAUAGCUCGAACCAAAUCAAUGCUGGCACGACCUCUUCAUGAAAAUUCUACAACCAACAGUACAUAUUACUGACAACCAAUAGAAGACGAGUUACAACAUGAAGUAUUAUUGUAAAUAAAUUAAAUUAAAAAACAAAAGAAACUUUGUAAUUCUUACACGAGUUAGUUACCUUAUGGUAAAAGAGCUGGUAACGUUCUCGAGAGUGAACUUUCAGACGGAAUAUCAGAUUUUCCAUUUUUUAAUUUUAUUACCUGAGAAGAAAAUAUUAGAUCUUUUUUAUUAAAAAUUACAGACACACUUAAAUGUUUUUUUUUUAAUUAUUGAGUGUACUCAACAAAGUCAUAUUCAAACUUCUGCUUUUUCGAUUUACGCCCAUACGGUGGAACAAAAGUACACUACUUCCGAGCACCACAUCUUUUUUAACAUUUAAAAAAAAUAUUGGAUUUUAUAUUUUGGACAAUUCCCAGUAUUUUUUAAUCAUUGACAUUUUUACCUUUACGCUUCCCGUUUUCGAGAUAUAAGCAUAUGAAAAAAAAAACUGCGAAUUUUUGUUAUUUUGGAGGAUAUGGCGGUCCAAAAUAACUAGUCAAACAACAAAUGGAUUUCAGAUCAAAAAUUUGAUCAAAACCACAAAAUAAUCUUUAUUUUCGUUAAUGACGAAUUUUCGGCAGAAAUCCGUAGGUACUUUAUUUUUUUAAACGCUUAUAGAUAUAUAGAAAACGGUGAGGUUUGGUGUGAAAAUUGUCCCUAGUCAAAAAAUACUUAAAAUCGUCAAAAUUAUAAUAUCUAAUAUUUCGAUCAAAUAAAAUUUUUGAUCGGAACCACAUAAUAAUUUUUAUUCUCUUCAAUUACAAGUUUUGGGAGCAGAAUCGAAUUUUUAAUUUCAAAUGCUUCGAUCUCGAAAACGAUACAAAAUGCUGAGAAUCAGCCAAAAUAUAAAAAUCGAAGAAUUUUUUAAAGUGUUAAAUAAAGAGAAUAUGUUGUCCUGAAGUAGGGUGCUUCUUCGCCACCGUAUGGGCGUGAAUAAAAAAAGCACAAGUAUAGGUACGCAUGAGUAUAACUUUGUCUUAAACUGAUUUUAAACUCAGCAAUAUUCGCAGCUUUUUUCGAACGUGUCUAAUUUUUAAAAAAAUGACAUCAACGUUUUCAUAACGUUGCCAGCUCUUA